AUGCAACCGCCUGCAUUUUCAAUUCAAACGUAAAAUUAAAAAAAUAACAAACGGACGUGAUUGAUUUAUUUAUUUUUCAUUCUCAUUUUAAUGUUAUUAAUUCCCUGACAAAAAAAAACUCUAUUUCAUAUUUUAUUGUUUGCUAACAACAAAAUGUCUUCAAAAAACACUCCAGCUAACCAAAGACUUAAUAAAAUACUACAAAGUAGUAGUAGUACACCCCGAAGCAAUUCAACUCCAAAUUCAAUACACAAAAAAGUGGCGCGACCACUUUUCUCAACCAAAUUAACUGAUAGCAUAUCUAGUGAUUAUAAUUCUGCAACAAACACACCAUUCUUGCCAUCGACUGUCACUAAAACUCCAGUCUCUAGUCAAAAAUUUAAACCAAAAACAUCUACAACUCUAAAUGCUUGCUACACACCCUCUUCUCUUUAUAGAUCCACAAAAAGUACACCACGAAGUGCCUUAAUCACACCUCGAGGUGUUACAAAUCAUGUUACAAACAACACCCCAGAAUGUUCUUCGAAAAUAUCAAAUUCUUUUCGACGAUCAGAAAAUUCAACUAUGGAAGAUUCUGGAGUAAUGUCCAAGUCCGUCAAAGAUAUCGAAAUAAGUAAUCUAACAGUAGCUGUUCGAGUCAGACCACUAAAUGCCCAAGAAUGCACAAAUCCCGGUGUAACAAAUAUUGUCCAAGUAGUCGGCAACGAAGUCACUGUCUAUACUGGAACAACUGCAGACAAUUCUGCCGGGGUGAGUCAUUGCUUUCAAUACGAUCAAGCAUUCUACUCAUGCAACAUGGACAAUAGCAACUAUGCCAAUCAAGAAACCGUCUUCAAUGGCACAGGAAUGGGACUUAUUGAUCGAGCAUUUGAGGGGUACAACACUUGCCUCUUUGCUUACGGACAGACUGGCUCUGGCAAGAGUUACAGCAUGAUGGGCAUAGAAGUCGAUGAUAGUGAUGAUAUAUCGACUAACACGGAAGCCGGCAUCAUUCCUCGAUUCUGUCAUGAGCUAUUUCGGAGAAUUGAAAGUUCUAAAGACAAACUUCAAGCCGAAAUCGAAGUUAGUUACUUUGAGAUCUAUAAUGAAAAAAUUCAUGAUCUUCUGUGUGUUUCUGAUCACAGUGAAUCACACAGCAGUGGUUCACAUAGAAACGCUCUCAAAGUUCGAGAGCACCCAGUUUGGGGUCCUUAUGUUGUCGAUUUAAGUAUUCAUCCGGUGGAGUCUUAUUCUGCCCUUCGCAAUUGGUUGGCAGUGGGAAAUAGUCAACGUGCUACUGCAGCAACUGGCAUGAAUGAUAAGAGUUCUAGAUCUCAUUCUAUAUUCAAUAUUGUUUUGAAUUUAUCUGAAAUUGAUUCGACGACGGCUACAGAGGGUGAUGGAAAGGUUAAACAGACACGAAGAAGCAAGAUAAGUCUAGUCGAUUUGGCUGGAAGUGAGAGGAUUACUCAUACGGCGGGUUCGAAUGGUGAUCGAGUGCGGGAAGGAGUUAGUAUCAAUAAGAGUUUGUUGACCCUGGGAAAAGUGAUUUCUAAACUGGCUGAGUCGAAGAGACAAUCGAAUUUUGUACCAUAUCGAGAAAGUGUGCUGACUUGGUUGUUGAGGGAGAGCCUCGGAGGAAAUUCUAAAACUUUGAUGUUAGCGACUAUAUCACCUGCCAGUAUACAUAUAGAUGAAACUCUUGCCACAUUGCGCUAUGCCUGCCAAGCUCGUACAAUAAUCAACCGUGUCAAAGUCAAUGAAGACCCACAUGAUAAGAUUAUCAGGGAACUGCGUGCUGAAGUUGAGAGAUUACAGGCUCUUCGUCAGGAUUACGAACGUCAAAAGCGACAUUCGGCAUCAAACAAUGCCCCAGCUCGAAAGAUAAUAAUAGAAACUUCAGUGGAUGAGAGUGAAGUAGAAGCCUUACGACAACAAUUAGCUGACACAGAGAAACAACUAAACAGAGCUCAGAAAUCAUGGAUGGAGCGUUUAAAAGAAGCUGAAGAUCAACGAAAAUCAGAAGUUCGUUUAUUAAAAAGAAAAGGUUUAGCUAUGGAAUUAUCUGCAGAGCAGAAACAAGCUUGUUUGGUUAAUUUGGCUGCUGAUCCAAUAUUAUCGGGUACCUUAUUCUACAUCUUGCCACCUGGAACAGUUAAAAUUGGCCGAACAAGAACUUCCAUAUAUUGUAGUCAACCAGACAUCGUAUUAGAUGGACCACUUGUUGGCUAUCAUCAUUGCACAAUCGAGAAUAAAACUGGUAAACUUUACAUUACUCCGGACAAUGAAGAGUUUGAAACAUAUUUAAAUGGAGAAUUAGUGACUGGAUCGGUUCAAAUGUUUCACGGUGAUCGUUUAGUCAUUGGUGGAUCUCACUACUUUCGAAUAUCAAAUCCCUUCUGUUCGAAACGAAGAAGUAAAAAUUUGGUAGUGGACUUCCAAUUGGCACAUCAAGAAAUUCUACAAAAGCAAGAACAACAACUACGACGUGAGCUAGAUGAAGAAAAACGUGCUGCCUUGUCACAAAUUGAACUAGAACGCGUCGCCAAUGAACGCAAUUAUAAAGAACGUAUGGAAAUGUUAGAACUUGAACAGUUCAAAUUCAAAUGUAACAAAGAAUUACUUGAGACUGAGAAAAAAGCAUUGAAAGAAGAAGCCGACGACCAGUUUGUGUACACACCAUCAUAUAAGUCAACUUUGCUCGAUGACAUUAAUCGUAUUAUGCAGAAUCCCAGUGAGGAAAGUCUACAUAAGACUCAGCUUAUGGUUAAAGAAGCUACCCAACGAUGCCGUCAACUGGGCCUCCAGCUGGACUUCAAGCAAUCGCAGAUACUAGAUGAAUUUGGAUUUUUCCAUGCGGUUGUGCUUAUCAUUGACCGGGAGAAGAAACAAAAGGCUGAAUGGCCCACAGCACGUUUGGAUGUUUGGCUGAACAUGCUGCGGGACAAUGAAGUCGAUCGAAAUGAUGUCUUCAAGUGUGUGGACAUUGAAUGGAAAUCUUUAGAAGACAAUAUGGAUGAUACUUUGAGUGAUUCAUUGAAUUCGAGUCGCAUAUCUCUCAAUUUGAGUCUUGUUAAAGAGGUGAUGCUGAAGCAACCUUAUCAAAAGUUUCAAAAUAUAUUUUCCUCCUCGAAUAGUAGUAACAAAAAAGAGAACCUUGGUAAAUCUGCUGUUUUAAAUUGUUCAUUACGCAAUACAAAAAAGAUGUUAACAUAUGAUGAACAAGAUUGUAGUACACCUGUAGAUGAGGAAAAGCCAUCUCUAUCUCCUGGAUUGGAUUUCAAUGCAUCUGCUAAUGUUCAAGUUCGAGAUAUUCAUCGAUCAAUAAUGAAGCUUAAGAAACUUUGUGAUCGUUUUAGUUCUGACGAAAACAAUUCUGAGAAUAUAUCAAAAGUUGCAACUGUUGAACAAGUUCGUAAAUCGAUAGAACAACUGGAAGGUAUUUUGCAUGGUUUAAAAAUAACGCUUAGCGAGAGUGUCUAUAAAGAAAUUUCACCAACAAAGACACCGAAAUCUGUAAGAUUUUUAAUAGAUUGAAACUUAAAUUUAACUUAUGUAAGAAAAUACAUAAUAUGGCUUGUACUUAUAAAUGUAUAAUCCUAACUUAAUGUUCUCUUUUCCUUUUAUUUUAUAUCUUUGUAAGUUAUGUUUAGUUAAUAUAAAUUCAAUUUUAUUGCGAUGUUA